AUGGCCUUCACGGCACAAUGGGCACAGGGUAGCAGGAGAAGCCGAGCGCGAUACCGGCCGGCCAACAACCCAGGCGAAGACCUAACGACCGACGGCUUCAGCGAAGAGUUCGACGCAACGCUCCGGGCAUCGUUUUGGAACCAGGCCAGGAGGUGCCUGGACGAUUGUGCCGGAAUCGACUCCUUCAAAGUGGCCAUGGCGGAGCUGCUCUUUGGUCUCACGCAAAAGUACAACGACGAACUCGACUGGGAAGACGCGGAGUUUGGUGACCUCAGCUUUGGACCGUCAGGGGAAACAGGUACCAAGGGAUUUUGUACCGCAGAAAGGGUCCAAAGGGUCUUGGACGAAGAAGGGUACUCGAUGUACGUGGAGCGUGGUGCUCGGCGGCUUCACGUUCUCAAGCGUCGCUCGGAAGUUUUCGACAGAGGGAGGAAGAGCCGCGGUAAUGAAACACACUCGGAGGAGAAGAAUACCAUGAAGCUGGUUUUCUGGCUGGCCGUCAUGUUUGACACGCUCUCGGCUGCAAUCACCGAGAGGCCGCUCACCGUAUCGGACGAAGACAGCCAGGAAGAUGGACAGCGGCAAGGCUCGACGGAUCGGAAUGAAGAAGGCCCGACAUCUCCAGCACCAAACAAGCGGUGGAACGACGAGCACAUCAUGAGAAAACAACAGAAGCUGGCCCCCCUACGACUGCCCAGUCCCGAGGAUGCCGUCGCGAGAGAGCUCAUCGACGCGGCGCCCGUCAAGGUCCUCUUGUUCCGGAAGAUCACGCGGAUCCAGAGCCUCUCAUCACGGGGCGCAGGCCGGGCGGCCAUCGAGGACGCCAUCCAGGACGGGCUGGCAGUCUACCGCCACUGGAACAUGACGUACGGCCCCCUGUUCCAAGACUGCGUGCAGUGCCACGGCGCGCUGCCGCCCCGGAUCCGGAGCUGGUACGUGUGCCUCCUCGGGCACUGGCUACUGGCCGUGAUGAUCAUGGCGGACUGCGUCGAGGUCAUGGACGCGCAGGGCUUCAGCGAGUCUUCGGGGCGCAGGGAGCGCGCCGAAGUUGGUCUCGUCGGCCAUCUUCGACGGAUGGGCGCGCGGGCCGUGUCUGACCUCGCGAGAGCUUCGACGCCGCGAGACGAUGAUGCGGGGAAGUUGAUGGACUUCCAUCCGGCCAUCAACGAGGGCGCGCUUCUGACCGAGCCCUGGACCAUGGUCUUGAUUCGGUCGUUCGCUACGGCGGGCACAUUGCUCCUCGGUGAAGCCGCGGAGUCGGAGACCUCGGGGCUUUACGCAGGCGACUCCCGAUUGGAAUUCCUAGACAGAUGCGAGGACUGCGUAAAGGCCCUUUGGUAUCUGGGUCGCAAGUCGAGCUUGUCUCGCCAGGUUGCCGGUAUUCUAGGGGGCGGCUUGGCUGCCGAGCGGUCCAGGACGCUGCGUCUGGAUGAUGGCCUCGCAACGUACGAUCCAUCGGCACUGGUCAACGUUAUUGAAAGUUACUGA